AUGUUUCUUUUGCAUGGUCGAAGCCAUGGGGUGAAUGAGUUUCAUUACUCUCUCUCUCUCUCUCUCUCUCUUUCUCUCUCUACUCUGAAAAUUCCUUUCUUUUUUCCAAAUCCAAUUUCUGUCAUUGAUUCUCUUAUAUGGGUCAUCGCUGAAAUCCAAGUUCCUAGUGUGCAGCUUUGGUUCACUGCACCCUUGUUCGGUACCCACCAAAAUUUCCAUCUUUUUCCAAAUUCCAUUAUUCUUUUUUGGUGGUUCACUUUGAUUUUUGCUUUUUGGGUACCCUCCUUGUUCAUGCUAUAUCAACUGUGAAGAGCCUUUGAUCCAACUUCUUUUUCCUUCUCUAAUUACUGAAAAAAAAAAAUCCCACUUUCUAUAACCGAUUUUGCAGUUGGGUUGUCUAUCCCUUCCUUGAAAUUUGCCUCCGUUGCUUUAUGCAUCUCACGCACUCUCUGUGCCUUGCAUUGGGUUUUGGACACUCUCUUUUGGCUUUUAGUUUCAACUUUCUACUACCCUACUUCAUGUUGCUUUCUCUUUGUAUAGUGGAUGCUCUUUUUCUUUGAGUUUUUGAAGUUUGAGCUGGUUUUCCUUCAGCAAUUGUUGGUGUUUUUUGAUGUAGUGAUGAUUCCACUAACAAUACUGUUUUCCUCAGAUCAGAUGCACUUUUCUUUGCUUGCGUGUCCACAUGAAAAUUGAUGGUGACAUUUCACAAUAGAACUCAAGGUUGAGAAUUUCCAUAAAGGGAAAGCCAAACUUAAGUAAGUUAGAUUCGGGAUAAUGGGGGCCUCAAACUCCAAAAUGGAGGAUGAUAAGGCACUGCAAUUGUGCCGUGAAAGGAAGAAGUUUGUAAGGCAAGCACUUGAUGGGCGUUGCUCACUAGCAGCUGCUCAUGUUUCAUAUAUCCAAUCACUGAAGAAUACAGGAACAGCUUUGAGAAAAUUCACAGAACCUGAAGCACCAAUUGAUCCUUCUUUAUACACCUCCACUAAUGCAACACCAGAGCAACCACCGCCACUUGCUUUAACUGAAAAGAACCUCUCAUUCUCUUCACCGUCUGUGUCACGAUCACAACACAUAGAUGCAGCUGAACCUGAAACCUUCUCUCUAACUCCCUCUCCUUCUAGUUCUAGUAAGUUCCAAGCAAAUCAUAUGAGACUUAGCACUAUUUCUUCUAAGAAAAUUGAAGAAAAACCACCAGUACCUGUUAUAGCAACAGUAACAUCAUCAGGCACUGUCCCACAGAAUGACACUGUAAUGUCUGAAACAGCUGCAUUUGAAGAUUCUUCUAUUCCAGCUGGAACUCCACAAUGGGAUUUCUUUGGCCUUUUUCAUCCUAUUGAUCAUCAAUUUUCUUUUCAAGAAAGUAAGGGCAUGCCACAAGAUAUAGGGAAUGGUGAUGAUAUAAAAAGACUAAGAGAGGAGGAAGGGAUUCCUGAGUUAGAAGAUGACGAAGAGAAGGCUUCAUCUCACGGAAGGGAACAAUCUAGGGACUCUGAAGAUGAAUUUGAUGAAGAGCCUAAUGCAGAAACUCUAGUCCAAAGAUUUGAAAAUCUGAAUAGAGCCAAUAACCAUGUUCAAGUAAAUGUUUCACCUCCUACAACUAGGCCUCUGAAAGGAGAUUCAGCUUCUGAAGUUGAAUUAGUAAAUGGAGAGAAGGGGAAGUCUCCUAAUUUAUCUUCAUUAAAGACAGAACCUGUGGCAGCUUUGCCUCCACCUGAAACAAACAAAUCAAUGGAGAAAGAAAAUCAUAGUGAAAACAAAGUUGCUCCUAAGAAUUUCUUUUCAAGCAUGAGAGAUGUUGAAGGUCUCUUUAUUAAAGCUUCAGAAUCUGGUAAAGAGGUUCCAAGGAUGCUUGAAGCAAAUAAAUUUCACUUUCGUCCAAUAUUCCCUGGAAAAGAAAAAGGUUCUGUGGUAUCCUUGUUUUUGAAGGCCUGUUUCUCAUGUGGGGAAGACCCAAGCCAAGUUCCAGAAGAACCUGCUCAAAACACGGUGAAGUACUUAACUUGGCAUAGGACAGCAUCUUCCCGAUCGUCCUCAUCCAGAAACCCUUUGGGAGCGAACACAAUAGACAAUGCUGAGGACCAUACAAAUAAUCUCUUUGAUAAUUCUUGUAUGAUCUCUGGAAGCCAUGCGUCAACCUUGGAUAGGCUAUACGCUUGGGAAAGGAAACUCUAUGAUGAAGUGAAGGCUAGUGAGAUUGUCAGAAAGGAAUAUGACAUGAAGUGUAAAAUCUUAAGGCAACUGGAAUCAAAAGAACAAAAGACCUCAGCAGUUGAUAAAACUCGUGCCACAGUCAAGGAUCUGCACUCAAGAAUCAGAGUUGCAAUUCACAGGAUAGACUCUAUAUCAAAGAGGAUUGAGGAGUUACGGGACAAAGAACUUCAGCCACAACUUGAGGAGUUGAUUGACGGGUUGAAUCGAAUGUGGGAAGUGAUGUAUGAUUGUCACAGACAUCAAUUUCAGAUCAUGUCAGCGGCAUAUAAUGAUAGCCAUGCUAGAAUCUCCAUGCAUUCUGAAUUACGUCGGCAGAUUACUGCCUAUCUUGAAAAUGAACUGCACUCUCUUUCAUCAAGCUUUACCAAGUGGAUUGAAGCUCAGAAAUCCUAUCUGGAGGCUAUAAAUGGAUGGCUUCACAAAUGUGUUCAUCUCCAACAAAAAUCAUCUAAGAGAAAAAGGAGACCACAAACUGAACUUAGACAUUGUGGCCCUCCAAUAUAUGCCACCUGUGAGUUCUGGUUGAAAAAUCUUAGUACAUUACCUGUAAAGGAUGUUGUGGAUUCUAUGAAGAGUUUAGCGGCUGAUACCGCUCGGUUCUUACCACGCCAAGACAAGAACCAAGAAAAAGGUGCUCAUCCUCCUAUGUCAAUGUGGAAGCCUGAUAUUGGUGGUGAAUCAGCAGAUGGUUUAUUGAGAGAUGACAUCUCAGAGGACUGGAUUUCAGGUUUUGAUAGAUUUCGAGAAAGCUUGAUUCGAUUUCUUCGUCAAUUAAAUGUUUUGUCUAGUUGUUCUGUCAAAAUGUACACAGAACUUAGACAAGUCAUUCAGGAUGCUAAGAAAAAUUACCAUAGACUGAAUUCUCAGUCUCAAAAUGGUCAUUUGAAUCCUCGAUCUUAAGAUGGUCAUUAGAAUUCUGAGUCUUAAGAUCCAUCAUAGACUCAUAGUCACAACCUCCAGUGGUUUAGGCUGAAAAUAAACAUCCAAAAGAAUAAGAGAAGAAUUGCAUGAAACAUUGUGGAGUUGCAGAGUUAUAUCUUUUUGUUGAGCACACUAGUCCAUUAGAUGGAGCAUUUGUACAUGAUAGGAUGUAAUAAAGUCAUUACUGAUUGUCAUACUUAUUUGUUAAUUUAGUCCUUUUAAGAAUAUAAGGGGUUGUUUGAUUUCAGGAAACUUUUUUAUUUCUAAUUAUAAAAAUGUCACAUUGUUUCUGUUAUAUUUUUAGUUUUCUCUGUUUCCUGUAAGUAAUUUUUGAAAAUAGAAAACAUAAUGCAAAUAAAGUGACAAUUUUAUAAUUAAAAGUAAAAACAAAAACAGUUCUAAAACCAAACAAUCCCUUAGGGAGCUGAAGUACCAGGUUCUGAUGAUGAAGAAAUUUGGGUGUAAAUUUUUGCAAGCAAAGGGUUAAUGGAACACCUUGUCAUUUUUC